UUCUAAAGUUAUAUAGUUUUUUAACCGUUAUUUAAUAAGAUUGCCUUAAUCUAAAAUUAUUUAUUUUUAUUAAAGUGAAUCUAAGAAUUGUCAUGUAAUUUUGUAAUAUUAGUAAAAUAUGGGUAUUUUGUUAAUCACAAUGCAUUUUAGUUUUCACUUCAAUAACAUUCUAUUAGCUUUAAAUUUUUAAAUAUUCCUUAUAUUCAUUAAUAUGAUAAAAAGCCUAUGCUCAUCUCAUCAAUUUUUACUUUUUUCGAGGAAUGUAUCAUCAUUUGUAUUACCCCAAUCUCACUUAAAACUUAAAAAAAUAUGUUCAGAAUAUUCUGAAAGUAGUUUACGCCCUAUCGCGGCUAUACUUGAUAAAAAUCAACUAUUUCCUUCUGAGCAAAUCAAAGAAUUGGGGGCCUUAGGAUUUAUGGGCAUAUUAGUUGAGAAAAAAUAUGGAGGCUUUGAUGGAGAUACUUUAGCAUUAUCUGUAGCUGUUGAAGAAAUAGCUAGAUAUUGUGGUGGAACUUCUUCAAUUGUAAGUAUUCACAAUGCUUUAUAUGCAGAUACUAUCAAUAGGUUAGGUACAAUUGAACAAAAAAAUAAUUUCUUGUCAGAUUUUGUUAAUGGAAAUAAAAUUGGAUGUUUUGCACUUAGUGAACAAGAUAGUGGUAGUGAUGCAGCCAACUUGAAAACUACUGCAAAAAAAUGUGGAAAUGAAUGGAUAUUAAAUGGUACAAAAGCUUGGGUAACAAAUGGUAUUGAAGGUGAGGCCUUUAUUGUUAUAGCUCGUUCAAAUGAAUCAGGUGGUCAUAAUGGAAUAUCAGCCUUUCUUGUUCCAUCUAAAAUAGCAGGUUUAUCACGAGGUAAAAAAGAAGAUAAACUGGGAAUCAGAGCAUCAUCGACAUGCAAUAUUAUAUUAGAUAAUGUAAGGAUUCCUAAUGAAAAUUUAUUAGGAAAUGAAGGUGAAGGAUUUAAAAUAGCUAUGUCAGCUAUUGAUCUUGCUAGAAUUGGUAUUGCAUCACAAGCCAUUGGAAUAUCAGAGGCAGCUCUAGAAUGUGCUAUAAAAUAUGCUGGACAAAGAAUUGCUUUUGGAAAUCCAAUUAUUAAUUUAACACCAGUACAGAUAAGACUUGCUAAAAUGGUUACUAAAAUUGAAGCUUCUAGACUAUUGACUUGGAAAGCAGCAAAACUAAGGGAUAGUGGUCAAACAUUUAUCCAGGAUGCUGCAAUGGCAAAACUAGUUUCAUCUGAAACUGCUACAUUUGUUACUCAUAAUUGCAUUCAAAUACUAGGUGGCAUGGGAUAUAUAAAAGAUUUACCAGCUGAACGAUACUACAGAGAUGCUAGAAUCACAGAAAUUUAUGCUGGCCCAACUGAUAUACAAUUUUUAGUUAUAGCAGAUAAUUUAGCAAAAAAAUAUGGGUUUAAAAUUAGAUGAUCUAAUUUAUAUUCAGUUUUUUUUUUUAUAUAUUUUUAAUGGUUUACUUUUAUAUUAUACUAUUUAUGCUUGUUAUUUUCAAUGAAUAUUUAAUUAUAAUCAAUAUUAAUACACUA